AUGUUGCCGUCGAGGCAUUGUAAUCCCGUUACAUCUUUCUCUCUUUCUUUCUUUCUUUCUUUCUUUCUUUCUUUCUUUCUUUCUUUCUUUUUCCUCUUUCACUAUGUCUGUCUUUCUUUCUUUCUUUCUUUCUUUCUUUCUUUCUUUCUUUCUUUCUUUCUUUAUUUUGUUCGAGCUUUCUCCUUCCUAUUUCAUUCUAUCUCUUGUUAUCUUUCUUUUUCUUUCUUUCUUUCUUUCUUUCUUUCUUUCUUUCUUUCUUUCUUUUGUGUUGCUGAUUAUUACUUCUUUCUCUCCGAUUUUGCUAUUUUUCUUUCUUUUUUCUGUGGUAUUGGCAUUAAUAUUUUCUUUUUUUCUUUCUUUCUGCUUGUGAUUUCUCUUUCCUCUUUUAUUCUGUUUGUCUUUCUUUCUUUCUUUUUUCUUUCUUUUUGUUAUCUUUCUUUCUUUUGUUCAUGUUUUCACUCUCUUCUUUCAUUCUGUCCGUGUUGUUAUCCUUUCUUUCACUCAUUCUUUCUUUCUUUCUUUCUUUCUUUCACUUUGUGUUCUUUAUUUCUGACUUUCUUUCUGUCUUUCUUUUGUUCGACCUCUCUCUUUCCUAUUACAUUCUUUCUAUUGUUUUCUUUCUUUCUUUCCUUUUUUCUUUCUUUUGUUCAACCUUUCUCUUUCCUAUUACAUUCUUUCUAUUGUUCUCGUUCUUUCUUUCCUUCUUUCUUUCUUUCUUUCUUUCUUUCUUUCUUUUCGUAUUGUUAUCUUUCUUUCUUCUGUUCAUGUUUUCACUUUCUUCUUUCUUACUGUCCGUGUUGUUAUCCUUUCUUUCACUCAUUCUUUCUUUCUUUCUUUCUUUCUUUCUUUCUUUCUUUCUUUCUUUAUCUUGUUCUAUCUCGAGCCUUCGUUCUCCCCAUAAAUUUCGUCACCCUUUCUCUCUAUCCAACUCUCAACCCUCUACUCACUUCUUUCCUAACCAUUCUCUUUUCCAAGCGUCACACUUAA